UCAGUUCGUGUUGAAAACUCUGCCGCGUCGGUUGUGCCAAUUCGCACGAGCGGAGAAACCUGGCAAGAACUAACGGUUCUUGCCGACGGCACAUAACGCGCAAACAAACUAUUAAUUUCACAAAACCCGGCCUAGUCACGCCCAAUCGAAAAGAUCAACAAACCACUGAAAACUAAGCACUGAAAACUGAGUAGUGAAUAUCGUAAACCAAAUGCUGAGUAUGGAGAUUUUAGGCAAAGUGCGUGCAAUUAUUCAACGCAUGACAACCAAUUAAUUGGCCAAAGAGAGCGAGAGCACAUAUGACCGGCGGCAACAAGUCGAUAUAGCUAUAGCUUUGGAAAAUAUAUACAUAGCUAUCUGGCGAGCCGGUUAACACCAGCAAGUGCAUCGGAAAACCAAUAACAACAAACACUUGACCGAUUUUCCAAGCGAUUCGGCGACGGCCUCUCGCUAAUCUCGCCCAGAAAACUCGGAUCACAACCGCCAUCGAUUUCGCGAUGAUUUAUGCAGCUAUUUCCUGCAGCUUAUGUGCAAUAUCCUGCGGAACUCGCAAAUAACUGCCAUCAAAAUGUUGCUAUCGCACUUGUUUGGUAUGUAAACCGCGGGUCGUAUAAACAAUAGUGUAAGCACCGACAAAGCACUCCACGAUUCGACUAUCAGGGGCACAUACUGACACUGUCACCCCGGAACGCAGUUGUUCUGCAUGGAGACAAACUGCGGGUGCCGGGGCCAACGAGACGCACAGGAAUCCUAAAGCGACCGCAUCGGCAUCAGCAUCGGCAAAGGGAUCGCUUUUGGUCCAAAACACGGCCAUCAUCAGCGGCAGAGGCCACGGUUGCCAGAAACAACCGCAGCUUCAACAUCGCCAGCCACAUCAACAACAUGGCCAUAAAGCAACAGCUCUGUAAUUCAUGGUCACAACUACCCAACGAACUGCUGAUAUUGGUGGUGAACUCAGAUACACACCCAUCUCAAAAGUACCGCCAUGAAUGAAACAGAGUGCGAGGAUCUCAUCAAAUCUGUGAAAUGGACGGAACCAGCCAAUCUGAUCUCCCUGGCCGUACUCGAGUUCAUCAACGUUCUGGUCAUCGGUGGCAACUGCCUCGUGAUUGCCGCCGUCUUCUGUUCGAAUAAGUUGAGGAGUGUGACGAACUUCUUCAUUGUCAACCUGGCUGUGGCCGACCUUUUGGUUGGUUUGGCCGUGCUACCCUUCUCAGCCACCUGGGAGGUUUUCAAGGUUUGGAUAUUCGGCGAUCUCUGGUGCCGCAUUUGGCUGGCUGUCGAUGUGUGGAUGUGCACGGCAUCGAUCCUGAAUCUGUGUGCCAUAUCUCUGGAUCGCUAUGUGGCGGUCACGCGACCCGUCACCUACCCAAGCAUUAUGUCCACGAAGAAGGCCAAGUCCUUAAUCGCCGGCAUUUGGGUACUCUCAUUUUUUAUAUGCUUUCCGCCGCUAGUCGGCUGGAAGGAUCAAAAGGCGGUUAUACAGCCGACCUAUCCAAAGGGAAACCAUACGCUUUACUACACCACCACGAUGUCAAGUUCGGAGGAUGGUCAACUAGAGUUAGAUAGCAUUAAGGACCAGGGCGAGGCCUCUUUGCCUCCCUCCCCGCCGCAUGUCGGCAAUGGCAACGCCUACAAUCCCUACGAUCCCGAUUUCGCCCCCAUCGAUGGAUCCGCGGAGAUUCGGAUUGCGGCCAUGGGCUCGACCAGUACUUCAACAAGCACAACCAGCACGACAGCGUCCAGUUCGAGCACCACGGAAUCGGAAAUGGACCUCGAUCUGCUGAACGCACCGCCGCAGAACAGACCCCAGACAAUUUCCGGCAGCUGUCCAUGGAAGUGCGAGCUGACCAACGAUCGGGGUUACGUCCUGUACUCCGCCCUGGGAUCCUUCUACAUACCCAUGUUCGUGAUGCUCUUCUUCUACUGGCGCAUCUACCGGGCUGCCGUGAGAACCACGAGGGCCAUCAACCAGGGCUUCAAGACCACCAAGGGCAGUCCUCGCGAGUCGGGCAACAAUCGAGUGGACGAGUCCCAGCUUAUAUUGCGCAUCCACCGAGGACGACCUUGCUCCACCCCCCAGCGCACGCCUCUGUCGGUGCACUCAAUGUCCUCGACUCUCAGCAUGAACAGCAACGGGGGCGGGGGUGGGGCCGUGGCCUCGGGACUGGGUGCCUCCACCGAGGAUCACCUUCAGGGAGGCGCCCCCAAGCGAGCCACUUCGAUGCGCGUCUGCCGACAGCGGCACGAGAAGGUGGCCAUCAAGGUGUCCUUUCCCUCCUCCGAGAACGUCCUCGACGCAGGACAACAGCCACAGGCGUCGCCACACUACGCGGUAAUCAGCAGCGCCAACGGACGACGUGCCUCCUUCAAGACGAGCCUCUUCGACAUUGGCGAAACCACCUUUAACUUGGACGCAGCUGCGUCUGGUCCUGGAGACCUAGAGACCGGACUCUCGACCACCUCGCUGUCGGCCAAGAAGCGGGCAGGCAAGCGUAGCGCCAAGUUCCAGGUGAAGCGCUUCCGAAUGGAGACCAAGGCGGCCAAGACGCUGGCCAUCAUUGUGGGCGGCUUCAUCGUGUGCUGGCUGCCCUUCUUCACAAUGUAUCUGAUCAGGGCCUUCUGCGACCACUGCAUCCAGCCGACGGUCUUCUCGGUGCUCUUCUGGCUCGGCUACUGCAACUCGGCCAUCAAUCCGAUGAUCUAUGCGCUCUUCUCGAAUGAGUUUCGCAUCGCCUUCAAGCGGAUCGUGUGCCGAUGCGUCUGCACCCGCAGUGGCUUCCGGGCGUCGGAGAAUUUCCAGAUGAUAGCGGCGCGUGCCCUGAUGGCACCGGCCACAUUCCACAAGACCAUAUCCGGAUGCUCGGACGACGGGGAGGGCGUGGACUUCAGCUGACUAAUCGGCAGCUAUGAGCCGAGUCCGCUGCAAAGGAGCUCCUCCCUGCCGCAGGAGGCGGAGUGCUCCGCAUCCGUGUCGGGAUCGGGACGGCGGAUCCGACGGGGAGGAUUCUGCAAGGGACGCGUCCUCUAAUGCAUUUUGCUCUUUUGAUACUUUUGUAAGCUCCGCCAGACGCAGAGGCAGACGCAGUGCAUCCCACUUCUCAAAACUGUCAGUAUUCGCAUUGAACGACGUUGUAACUGUAUGGCAAUAAUUUUCAUGUAUUUACCUAGACCUAAGGCUACGUUUAACUAUAUAGUACUAUACCUACCAGAUACAGCAGUAUGAGAUACAUAGAUUAGACGUAAGCAGACCAUUGUUUUCAGUUCCGAUGUGUAUGUACAUGUGUUAGUCGCUGAGGACAACUCAUACGCAUAAGUUAAUCCAGAUAUUAUAUGUUAAAUGUAUAUGUAUGUGUGUAUCGCAGCAGGGUAAGUCGGCUGCGUUUUCAAUAAAAGUAAAAUCGAACAAAACAAAACGAAAACCAAUCAGAGCAAGCACAAAAGAUAAAAACAAGUGCCGACCACGAAGACAGAAAUUGGCAAAUACCAACGGGCAGCUCACAGGUAUUGGUUGACAUAAGGUCAACAAUUCGUGUAUGAAACAAGUAAAACAAAACAAAACAAGCCAAGCAAAACCGACCAUCUUAUACCCUUUCAGCUAUUUAGUUCUUUCUAUUCGGGAGAUGUAUAGGUCACGCUGUCUAGCUAUAUAAAAUGAAUAUAUUUACAUUUCAUUUUCCACGCGAUUGAAUUGUGUGAUUGAUUGAGUGAUUAAAGAGAUAUGCAGAAUAUGGGAACUUCUUAAACUUAGACAAAAUUAAAACUUACAUUUGCUUGCCGGACACCUUGAUUUUCCAACACUUACUUGCCCACCCUUGCAUUAAAGUAAGUUACAAAUAACUAUCCUUAUCAGCCAGAAAGUUAAAAUUCUUUAGAAGUAACAUAAGCUUUUGAGGAUUCAGGC